GCAUGCGAUUCGGAGUCGCGAUGGUUGCGCGCGCACCUCUGGCUCUGGCGGGGCUUCACAGUCCUGCCUCGAAUUUGUAGCCUUACCCUUCAUGUUUGUAUGCAUUGGCCGCUUUGUCUGGUCAAGGCCGUUUCUUUGUUUCAACCUUGGGUGCACAGCCUUGUCCUACUUUAACGCUGGUCUUGACGAAACGGCCUUUGUGCUCCGAUACCUGCUCCUAUACCUGCUCCUGCGCGGAUAGCUCGCACGAUGAAUGCGCCCACGCUGGAUACAACGGAUCGGGGCGUGAGUGAGAUCAUUCAUGCCUUUCGAGAGAGCCUCAAGGAGUUUAAAAAGUUCCGAGAGCAAAAGAAGGCGAAAAAGGUUGAAGGUCGGCUGAAACAGAAGGCUCCGAAGGCAAAGCGGGAAGAGGCCAAUGGUGACGAGCUUCGACUGUCGAGAUCUCUUGUUCAAGGUGCUGUAGACGUGCAAUCGGAAUAUGACAGGCAUUAUCGAGCAUUCGGUGACAGAUUCGCAUUAGGAGACGCAACGGCACACUCGAGCCUUCGCAGGACGCUCCGGAAGCUCAACACGUGCGUCUACAAUAUUCUAGCUGCCAUCCUGAAGAAAGAGCCUCGAAUCGAUUAUCAACAUCUGACGAGCGUGUCGGAUGUUUCAAGACAAGAGGCGCUGGACGCCCUCAGCCAGCUCUCAUACCGCAUGUCCGUUUCAGCACUCUCGCUCCAGGAGCAAAAGAAGAAGGAUGAAAAGCACAAGCGAAAGAGGAGCAACAAUGCCCGCACGGGGCGAAGGCUGCCCAGCUCGAAGUCGGUGUCGGAUCUCACCGAGCGUUCAGCGAGGAGCAUGUCCGGGCAGAGAAAGGGUCCCGAGAUCAAGAUGGUGCGUUUGACGAGUGCGUCAACACCACAGCUGGCCAUGGUCCGACCGAAGGCACGGCGGUCGUCCUCUUCGAAGUCGGACGUCUGCGCCACGCCACCGCUGCCUUCGCCCGCUGGCGUCGGAAGCGCCAGCAAGCACCGAAGACACGAUUCCGGCGUGGCAGUCUCACAGCCUACACGUCCAAACCCGUCAUCUCCAAGUCCCCCGCAGCCAGAUUCGACGACUCCCCAGCCGCUCCGCCGCCGCGCGGACAAGUUCGUUCCGUCGGUGCACACGUUCGCCUCGGCGAGUACGCGCCUGGGCGAGAUCCCCGAGCUCAAAUGGUCAAUCCCGUACGACUACGAAGCCAUGAACCGGCUGAACGAGGAGCACGGUGGACGACCGUGGCCGCCUCCUCCGGAACCUGCCAAGGCGAAGAGGGGAUUUCUGCGCCUGUUCAAGAAAAGCGAGAUGAAAGCUGCGGAAGCCGCUGCUUGAACUGCCCUGCACUCGUACCUUUUUGGUCGUUUGAAAUCCAGCCGUCGAUCAAACGAGAAAAGGACUGGCCCUUUCCGUUGUGAUGAUCGCGGCUCCAACGAGGACGGCUUUCUUCUCUUCCUGCGACAUGAACGUUUGAGCGUCGUUUAGACAAGCAAUUGCGUUAAUCUUUGGAGGGGGGACCCUCAAAUUCAACAGAGCGCGCUUGGAAUCAAGUCGGUGCCUGAAUCUACAUUACGUGGUCCCAAUCGUCGACCAUGUCAGUAGAAAAUAUACAACUUGCGAGCCUUCGACUCGCUUGAAUGUAACCUUCGGUACAGAUCCCGCCGUGAUUAGACCUUGUGAAACCUGAUGCUUCGAGUCGAGACGAGCUUAAUGAUCUGGCUCCCAACGAGUCGGUAAAUCCGAGCGCGGCGGGAGAACCGUACGUGUACGUGAAUAUACGUGUAUUCAUCACCAGGGAAACGUCGAGCUCAUGUCAAGGAAUUAGCGAGCUGUGGUCCCAAGACCUUGAAGAGUGCUUCAAUCUGCCCUUUCUCGCUAUUGAAAAGACCUUCUAUCCGCUGCACUGACGGUAUUUCAUGCUUUCAUUCCUGCAAAAAGCUCUGGUUUACUUCAAGCCCACCUUCCACGUUUUCUAGGCCACAAAAAUGCAGUAUCUCCGACGGUGAGAGUCAUGAUAUUGACUUAAGACUGUCGUUCAUAUACACAACACAUACAUACAAGGCAUUGUACGUCCACCAGGAUAAAAAAGAUAGAAAGUGAAAGCACCAGCAGUAAGCAGCACGAUGACCUGCGUACCACACUGUCCACGCA